CAGUACUCUGGGGAAGCUUGUAACAGAUGAAAGAGUCAUGGAGGAGGAUUUGGAAAGGUUUCUUCAUUCGAGAGAGGUCCCACAAGAGGACAUCAUGAAAAUGCAAAGUGACAAGAUACAACCAAGAUCCAAAAAACAAAGAUCAACCUCUGACACUGUGACAGCAGAAGGUCCAAGACAAUCACAUCGCUCCCAUUCAACCCCAACAGACGAGGCAGAUACACUUUUAUGGGAUCCGGAAGAUGAUCUUUGGGGAGCAGGUGGUGAUGAGAUAGUUGUGAUCAAAUGGAAUGACGUCACACAUGAGGAUGUCACUCAGGUAAUGUGAUCAGGAACGUUUUUGGAGUGCGGAGAUGAAUGGAGUACCAAUGCAGGAUUUACAACUCCCCUUGUCCUCUGAUUUUGGCCUGCCUUCGGCACAUGUGUCCAUACAUGAGGAUACAGUGCAAACAUCACAGGAUUUGCUUUUAAAUUCGAGCAGCCAACUAUCCCCAUCAACCUCAGCUCACGGCUCAGGAAAUCCAGAGAGCACGCGACGUGCAUCAAUUCACAGGACAAAGGUUGUUGAAGAUCUUUUGGCUGUAUUUAUGGACAGUAGCAUAAUACAUUUGACUCUAAAGAUGGACUUUGUAAAUGAAAAAGCUAUUGAUGAUAAUGGAGUAUCAAGGGAGGUUUACACUGCAUUCUGGGAGCAAUUUCUUGAAACGUGUGAAGGGGAAGCAGAGCGAGUUCCAAGGCUGAGGCCAGAUUUCUGUGAGGCUGAAUGGCAAGCAGUUGGACGGAACUGGGUGAAAGGAUUACUGGACCAUGGUGUCAUGCCAGUGAGGCUAUCAAAGGCUUUCAUUGUAGCCUGCAUUCAUGGAGUCCACUCCGUUGAUGUAGACAUCCUGAUGACAUCGUUUCUCAACUACCUCUCUCCUGUUGAGAGAUCAGCUGUGGAGAAGGCUCUCCAGGGCACAAUGGAGGAGAGUGAUGAAGAGGACUUGCUCGACCUUUUCACAAGGAUGGGUUCCCAUUUCCUACCUGCAAAGAACAACAUGGAGCCUGCCAUAGAAACAAUGGCUCAUAAAGCCAUUCUCCAAGAGCCAAAGUAUAUCGUUGAUUGCUUCUUGACACCCAUGUCACUUGUACAGUUGCAACUGCCAGACAAGGACAGUGUGUUGUCUCUGUAUGAGAAGAAGAAAGCCACAGGCAGAAGAGUGUCCCAACUGUUUGAAACAACCAACGUGGUGUUGUCUCAGAGAGAACAGACAACUUUCAACCAUCUCCAACGAUAUGUGAAAAAUGCUGACCAAGCCAAAGCUGAAAAAAUCCUGCGUUUCUGCACUGGUUCUUCUGUCAUAUGUGUUGACAGAAUUGGGGUGUGCUUUAAUGCUGAAACUGGGCUCAGCAGAAGGCCUGUUGCUCAUACCUGUGGAGCUACCCUUGAAAUACCGUGUACCUACAGCUCUUUCCCUGAAUUUCGCACGGAAUUUGACAAUAUCCUGUCCAGCAACUACUUUGAAAUGGAUAUUCUUUGAACUUGAGAGCAGUCGUUAUCAGGCCUAAUAGUAACAGUUUGGAAUAUUAUUUUGAUUUGAUAUUUUUGUUGUUUGUUUUGUCAUUGAAACAACUGAUGCACUGAACCGUGUAAUGAGCAGUCUGCAAUUCUAUUUUCUGCUUUAACAAGGAUAUUACCUUUUUUUUUUAUACGCUUUGAGAAUGACUGCAGUUUUUAUUUUUGUCAGUUUGAUCCUAACCCAGUUUAGAGGCUGAGAUUAAUAUUGUGUGUUUUUUUUGCAACUAAGAAAGCUAAACGGUGUUGUCCGUCACUGGUCGAAUUGUUGAUGUUAUGGUGUUAAAGAGUCAGUCCUUUUUGAUAACUCUCGGAAAAACAAUGUUUGAAAUUGAAUGUGGAAAAUAGUUCUGUUAGAUCCUGUUUGCAAAAAGCCGAUGUUGAAAAUGUGAAAUGUGGCCUGAAAAGACUAGCCUCUAAUUACAAGCCCUAAUAUACACAAUUGGCCGUGAUAUAUACAUGAUAUUACCAACAUAUCACUUUCAUUUACUGCCAACUUAACAUGGUACCGAAUUAUAACUCAAUGCUAUUUUUUUAAGAAACAGAAAUCGUGUGCAUAUGAAGUGACUUAUACAUAAUGUGCAAUGUUUUAUUUCUCAAUUGGUCUUAAUACAUUGACAAACCAAACUGAUUAGGCACAUUUUAAAUGUAAUCAGGGUUGCAGGCCAGGAUUUCACACUAGAUAACAAUACAACAUUAUUAUUAAUAUUUCCACACUGUUAAAAGAUCAGCUUGUGCUGUUAUUUUCUACCCCUUUCUGACAUUAAAGUGCUUGGCAACA